AUGGGCACCUUCGAAGAGGUCCCUUGGAAGAAGGCAGCCGGAAAGCAGGUCCUAGGGUGCAAAUGGGUCUUUGUUUACAAGACUGACAAGCAUGGCUUCCUUCAAAAGUGCAAGGCACGCCUUGUUGUGUGUGGGAACCAGCAGAAGGAAGGGGAUCUUCCUACGAGGGCCACAACUUUGGCCGGCCUAUCUUUCCGCGCCCUGAUGGCUAUAGCAGCCGAAUUCGACCUUGAGCUCGAACAGAUGGAUGCAGUCAACGCCUUUGUCAACAGCCCGAUAGACGAGUCCUUCGUCUUCGAAAAGCUCUCUAUGGGCUACGCCGCUCUCCUCUUCUUUGGCAACAGCAUCUCACAGGGUCUCUCGAGGCUCUAG